AUGACCUUAACGAUGCAAACUCAAGUUGUUGAUCAAGUGAAACAACAACAACAACAACAACAAACGUCUUCCAUCUCUUUUCAACCCAAAAUUGUAAAUUCUUCCACGACAAUUCAUUCACUACCAAACAAGUUUCAACAGGCACAAGAAGAAGAAGAAGAAGAAGAAAUGUCUCAUUCUACAGACAAGAAGAAGACGACAUUGAUAAAGCUCAAGACGACGACAUUGAAGAAGAAGAAGAAGAAUGAUUCAGCUACUAGUGCAUUAAUCCUUGUUGUUAUUCUCUUCUUUGGUAUUCUAGUUGCUCUCCUUCUUAUGGCAUUCUUUGCGUAUGCACCAUUACUAUGUGCCUCUUGGCUUGGAAUUAUCUAUGUAAUUGUCUUGUAUUUAUCAACAGAAUCCAAAUGGCGUUGGCAUGAUGCACAAGAAUUCGAAAAUCGUUUUUGGACUGGCACUGCAUUUCUCUUUAGUGCUGCUGUUGUAUAUAUACGAGACUCCCCACUAGCUGUGGGUCAAUGGAAUUCCACACUUGGACUGGUGCUUGUCUUUGGAUUUACAAUGAGUGUUCAUUUCUUUGAUCGAUUCUUACAUCGACAAGAAAUUAGUCGACGACCACGACUGAAGGAAGCAACAAGACAUUUCUCACACAAAUUAUUCAAGUACAAGGCAACAGCAGAGGAAAAGACAAACUUACUGGUAGAAUGCGUCAGUCGCAUUGAUCGUCAUUAUUUACCCAGUACUAUCAACAAUAUGAUUAAUCAUGCAGAAGUCAAGCGUCGUGAACACAAAAUCUUUCGGAUUCUUGCAGGAGCAGGGAAGGAUGAACUUAAUUAUGUCGUGAACCAUAUUCCACUUGCGCUAUUGUUUUACAAAGUCAAGGAUCAUUCAAAAAUGCGUCAAGAUCAAAGUCGGACACUCAUUCUUGAUUUACUAUGCACGACGCGAUUAGCGGAUCUAUCGGUCAUGUCUCGAGCAUUGUUACUAGAUGCUUUGAUGGUGAUGAAGAUUAGUGCACACCCGAUGGCUGAAAAAUGGGUGCGCAAUAUCAUUUUAAAAACACAGGGAGAUGACUUGAGCAAUCUCAAGACGUACACAGAUGCAAAAGGAGAUUUUCACAGUAUGCACAAACUAGUAUUUAAUGAUAUUCGUGACCUGAUGGUUCGAGCUGACAUUUUGAGCCACAUUCAGCGUGAGGCGAGUGUGCAAAUUGCGCACAUGCGUCUUGGAACGAAGCGCGGUCGUAGUCGCAAGCAGCAGGCGUGGCGCAAGGUGCUAAGUGAUGUAGAUGAUACGCUCUAUUCUUCCGGUGGACGAUACCCAGCAGGCUUGGACACGCGCUUCCCGCGACAUACGCUGUAUCCUGGAGUGCUGCCAUUUUAUCGUGAGCUAGACAUGGGCACCGUUGGUCCAGACGACUGGACCGAUGAUCGUGUUGGCAAUCUUGUGUUUCUCUCCGCACGACCGCACGUGUACAAGGAUGUGUCUGAGAAGAAGUCAUACGCAAAAUUUGCUGCGCUACACGAGAAGAUGGGCAUGCACACGCUGCCUACGAUGCUUGCAGGUAAUCUCACAUCUGGCCGUGCUUUUAUGUGGCAAGGUGACUUGGAGCCAAUGGCGCAAAAGAAGUUUGAGAACUUUAGCGAGUUCUACCAACUUUACCCGGAGUUUACGCACGUAUUUGUCGGUGAUAAUGGCCAAGGUGACCUGCGUGCCGCUGAGCUUAUUGUGGACAAAUUUGGUUCUGGUGCGCUAGAGGCCGCAUUUUUUCAACGCGUGCAGCCCAUGGAGAAAAUGUUUAAUUACCACUCGAAAGAGGACUUAGAGCGUUGGCGAAAAGUGAACAUCGUUUUUUUCGAUACGUACGUGGGUGCAGCAGUUGAGGCUUUUCGUAUGAAGAAAAUUCGACUUCAUGGGUUAAAGAAAAUUGCUGAUGCUGCUGGACUGUCAUUCGAAGGCAUUCAUACGUGGCUCACCCCUCAAAGUCGCGAGCGUGCAAGACUACUGCUGAAUCGUGAUCUCACACUUGCUAAUGCGCUGAUAUCUGAGAAAUAUGGACCAUCACCUCUUGUUAUGAAGCCUCAAGUAUUUGCUCUCAACUCACUUGUUCGCACACCAGUUGGACGUGGCAUUGUUCGCAAGUAUCGAGGUACUGAUGGCAUUUAUCGAGUGGAUUUGAUUGGUUGGUCGUUAACACGAAACCGGAAUCGAGCUCAAGCUUUUUUUACUGAAGACAGUCUCACUGUUUACGUUAGUGCGGAUACAUCGCCUCUAGCAAAGAGUUCUUUACAUUACGUUAAGUUUUAUGCAGCACCACCUGCCCGGAUUUUUGCACCAAAUUCACUGGUAAAGACCCUGUUUGGUAUCGGCCGUGUUCUGAGUUACCGUGCAGAAAACGAAAUUUACACGGUAUCUAUUCCCGGUGACCAGAACAUGCUGCAUGCGACAGCAUUCCUGAAUGGAGAUUCGCUGCGACCUGUGGAUGAUGCAUUUUUGAAGAGCUAUGCAACGAGCGGCUCAACGUCACCGCGAAUGUUUGCGGGGGUGCGCUCUGGUAUUGGUUUCAUUACGAAGAAGCUGAUCACGUUUGUGCCUGGUGCUUCUGGCGUGAAGCCGUUGUUUGCUGUUGCAGGUGUUGUGAAUUCGCCAUUCGGGCGUGGCGUGGUUGUCAACUUUCGCGAAUUGGAUCGCGUCUACGAGUUACGAUUGUUUCGUAGCGAGAGUAAAACUCGAAGUGGUGAUUUAGCCUCCCAUGUGAGUGUGUUUGUGCAAGAGCGACACUUGCAACUCUGUCCUGUACCACCUCGAAGCUUUUUUUCAAUGCUCGGAUUGGGUUUGGGCGGCAAGAAUGCAGUUGUACCAGCGGUAGGAUCUCUUCCAAUUGGCUCUCGUGUUACCACAACAUAUGGCAAGGGUGUCAUUUGCAGCUACCGCACAGCUGAUGAUGUCUACGCAGUAGCAUUAACCGAUUUUGCUGGUGGCAGUGACGUGAUGGCCUAUCUUACCAAAGAUUUUGUCAGUCCUGUUGCUUCGACCCUGAAAGACGAGCCAGUCACAACGAAGGAGGCUUUGACGGAAAGUAUGGUUCCUGCUCCACCAGGAAGCGGUGGCAUUUUCCAGUUGUUCCGCUACAGCUUUACGACUUCAAGUGCAGGUAAAGCUGAAGAAGUGAUUCCAUAUGCAGAUGAGGCUGGUGUCAAGCGUCAGAUUGAUACCAUUUUCGGUCUUGCAAACACAGCCAUGAGUCAACCGUACCACGGGUGCCUCAAGGCUACUUUGCUGAAUUCAGAUUAUAAGGGAGCCGUUGCUUACGUCCAAGCAAACAAAGCGAAGGAACCAUUAGCGAUAUCAACGCGUCCAAGACGCAACACGUUCGAGUUACUGGCGAGUCCAUUCAGUUAUUUGCUCUCUGGCAAUGCUAGCGACAUAAGUAAAACAACCGACAAGAAGACGCUUUUUCCCAAGGGAUCACUAGUUAUGACACAGUUUGGUGAGGGUACUGUGCGGUUGCACCGACCAGUCGAUGACAUUUACGUGGUGGAUCUACCUUCCAUGCACGGUUAUUUCCGUGUAAGCAGUCUCCAGCGACCUGUGCGUGGCGUAGUGGGGCAGCCAGUUGACACAAUAUAUGGAUCGGGAAUGUUGGAGCAAAUUCGUGAGCAUGAUGGAUUUCACGUUGUAGUUUUACGACUUGGUUUGACUGCUUCAGAAGCUCGUGCGUACCUGUACCCUCCUAGUGUCAUAAGGACUAUCAAGGCAUCCCGUGGUGAUGUAGUAAUGACACCUUUUGGUUCGGGUGUCGUGAUGCAAUUUCGCUCGCACGAUGGCUUUUACCGUGUGGCUUUGGACUGGGAUUCUGACGGUCGGAGCCACACAUCGGCUUAUAUUAGCGAAGACAGUCUUGUGCGUACCGGUCUGGUUGAAAAACCUCUAUCAGGUUGCGUUGUCAUGUAA